AUGUCGUCUUUCAGGAAAGCGUUGAAAUCACGGCAAAGGAACCACCAUGAAAGAUCUCAGCCUGUUUCCCGAAAACAUCUGGGAUUGUUGGAGAAAAAGAAGGACUACAAACUUAGAGCAGAUGACUACCACAAGAAGCAAAACACACUCGCUGCUUUGCGGAAGAAAGCACUGGACAAGAAUCCGGAUGAGUUUUAUUUUAAAAUGGUCAACACUCAGCUGAAGGAGGGAGUUCACACAGAUAAGAAAUCCACCGAGGAAGAGACGACGGAGGAGCAGAAGAAGAUGAUGCGAACGCAGGACAUUAAAUAUAUAGAGAUGAAGAGAGUCGCUGAAGCCAAGAAAAUUGAGAGGUUAAAAGGCGAGCUCCAUCUUUUAGACGGAGACGACAAACCCAAGAACACGCACACGUUCUUUGUGGAUUCCAAGAAACAAGUGGCGGCGUUUGACCUGGCAACCCACCUCAACACCAUGCCCGAGCUGGUGGGCCGAGUCUUCAACAGACCCACUCUAGACACGCUGAGAACCAAGAGAAUCCACGGAGCCGUCGAUCCGCAAAGUCUGGAGAAACUAAGUAAGCAGCGAAGGCACCAGUACAAGAUCCUAGGCCAGAGGAUUGACCGAGAGAAGAAGAUGUUUGUCAUCAGCGAGAAAAUUCAAACCAGAAAAGACUUACAGGAUAAAAGAAAGAAGAUUAAAGUGAAGAAAGAGACAAAAAAUGCGUCUGCUGUUUAUAAGUUUGAAACCAAGAGGCAGCGUUGA